AUGGAGGGAGGCGGCAGGGUGCCGUGGGUGAAGUAUGGAUCCCUCAUGUCCUUUUUGGUGGUUCUACUGGCUGUUUGGUUCCGUCCCCCCCAGGACGCCGUGCUGGACGGCCGGCUGGACACCGUGCUGUCCUCUCUGCUCCGGGCAGAGGGGAAAGUCGGGGUGAACAACGUCGCCAGACCCAAAGUGGCUAUUGGUUUUGGGGGUUGUGUUGACCUGAUAGUCGACGGCGUGUCAUUCCUGAAUAAGAUAGGCAUCUCUUACACGGACCAGCCUGUCCAUCAUGACUAUCUAGAAAAUGCUGAACAGCUGGCUCAAAGCUUUGCCUACUUCUUCGCACCAGGAGCUGCUGCAGAGCGGUUUGUGUUAAAUGACACCCUCUUUAACGAGCUGGUGGAAGGUGCUCGUGACCUACCUGGAAACAGAUGGUCGAUUGGUGGCAAUGCCCCAGUUAUGGCUGGUCGCAUGGCAACGGAGGGAUGUGAUGUGCUGCUAGGGGGAAGUUUCAGCACAGAUUUUAAAGAAGUUCUGUCUCAACACAUCACAGUGGCUGGGGAAGUGAUAGAUGAGCAAGACAUUCAUCUGAUCCUGGAGUAUUCAUCUGGGGCUAACUGGGGCAGUUAUACAUCACGUAGAGCCAACAGAUACAUCGUCCACAGUGAUUAUCACAACCCCUACUUGGCUUCCAUGGACGACUUUGCUGAGAAACUCAAUAGCUUCAAACCCGACCUGCUUGUGGUGGGUGGGCUGCAAAUGAUGGACAACUUCCCGUUCAAGUCAGGGGAGCGGGCGGCUCUCCUCUCCCACCUGGCAGACCUGUUGAUUUCCUCAACGCCUCAAAUCGGCAUCCAUUUCGAGAUGGCGAGUUUUGUGGAAGAGAGUAUAAUGGAAGACCUUCUUGAAUAUGUCAUCCCUAAUGCUGACUCCUUAGGGAUGAAUGAACAGGAACUGCCUAAUCUUCUCAGCCUGCUAAAAGGCUCCAACAUCACCGUGCUGUCCGACCCGAGCCCUCGUGUGGCCACUGUCCUGGACCAGAUGAGGGAGGUGUAUCGCAUUCUUAACCAGCGCUACAAGGAAGCCACGGCAGACAGCGAUGCCGGCGGGGCUGAAUCCAGGGGCAAGCCUCUGACCCGCCUCCACGUCCACACGCUGGCCUUCCAGGCCAUGAUAGUGACCCGGGGCUCUCAGUGGAAGAACACCAUGUCAGCCACGGCCAAGGCCUCCCUCACCGCCAACCGCCACGUCUGCGGCUCCAACGACAUCGACCCCAGCAAGGCCAGGCUCAUCAUGGACGACUCCUUCUCCAUCAGCCUGCAGGAGGGCAGCCAGCGCAUCCCGCUGCAGGACACCAGGCCGGUCAGCUGCUGGGAUGAGGAGGACUACGAGAUCUGCGUGGCCCCGGUGCUGGUGUGCACCGAGGUUUACCAGACGGCGGGCGGAGGGGACAACAUCUCAGCUGCUGGCCUGGUGCUGCAGAUCUAA